CAUGACCUGAGCCGAAACCAAGAGUCAGAAGCUUAACUGACUGAGCCACCCAGGCGCCCCAAGGCUUCCCUGUGUGUCUUGAUGUAUAACCUGACCAUUCCCUAAGCAUCUCCAGUUUGUGGGUCAUGUUCCCUCUGAAAGGUGGAAAGGGAGGACAUUUGGGCUCGGGAGCCCAGUACCUGGGUUUGAAUCCCCCACUCUCCCACUUACUAGCAAUAUGACUUAUGUCCGUUUAUUUUGCAAUGAUUCAGUUUCUUCAUCUGUAAGGUGCACUGCUUACUCCCUUUCUUGUAGAGUUGUAUUGAGAAUUAAAUGAGUAGAAAGUUCCUAAGGGAAAGGAAACACCGUUAAGUGUUAGCUGGUUCUAUUAUAUAAUUGAUCACUCAGCUGUCUGCUGCCCAAGCUGCGGCCAAUCUCCAGACAGCUAACCCCACACUUUCAACGCUGACCUCUUUGACUUUGGUCUCUGGCUAGUGAGGAAACUUCAUUCUCUUUUGCAGAAAUUGCUCUUUUAGAGAAGGUUUUCCCAGCUUGCCAGUGAUGACCUUCGUACCCGGCUGCCUUCUCCUUAAAACACUGGUGGCUGUCUACACGGUUGGGGAGGAGGUGGUGAAGCGGGGCCUCCCACCUACAUGUAACAACAGCACUCAGUACCCUUGCUGCUCACACUGCUCUCCCUUGCUGGCAGAAUUCUUCUGUGUGUUCUUUCUCAUGCGUGAUUUUUCCCAGGACCAGUGGUCCCAUUCUGUAUUGUUUCUUCAGGAGCCUCCAUACUUGUAUGUAUGUCUGAAUCCAGUUAAUAUCAGGGUAUAGACUCUUUCCCAUAGGGUUCCAGGCCCCAUGUAAAUCAGGGGAUGUGGCUUAGUAUCUAUUUUAAGGGCUCCUGAAUGUACUGUGACUGACACAUUUCCCAAACAUUGUAUGAUAGUCAGGAGGCCAGUGUCCCCUGACCACAUAGAGGAUUCCUAAGGAGCAGUAACACUUCUAGCCCAGCCAGGACACUGUUAAGUUAUUAACAGUUAUGGUUAACAUUUGAAUAGCAGUUUCCAUCACGAGGUGGUUGUCACAUAACCUCACUCGUUUAGCUCUGAGGAAUGGGUCAGAAUCUCAAUCCCAUUUUCCAGUGAGGAAACAGGACGGACUGGUAACGUUGAGGUCAGAUAGAUUAAAAAAGGACAGCCUUCCUUUUGCUUCUGUGUCACUCAUACCAAGCCACCUUCUUACCAAAUGAAAAAAGACCAUAUUUUACCGUUUUCGAAGAAUUGGUAUUUUCAUAAGGAGGGGAUUUCAUGUUAGCUAGGUUUGGGGUGAAAUUAACAGUAUUAAAAACUAUUGAAUAAUCUCGUUUAAAUUUAGGUGUCCUUGUACUCUAGAUGUGUGUGAACUGUAGCUAAUUUUGUAAAAAAAAAAAAAAAAAACAAACAAAAAUUGUGCUUUUUCUCAGAGCCACAAUGGACACAGGUAGCCAUAGCCUUGUCCUCCUGCAGCAGCUGAACAUGCAGCGAGAAUUUGGUUUUCUGUGUGAUUGCACAGUUGCUAUUGGAGACGUUUACUUCAAAGCCCACAGAGCAGUGCUUGCUGCUUUUUCUAACUAUUUCAAGAUGAUAUUUAUUCACCAAACAAGUGAAUGCAUAAAAAUACAACCAAGUGAUAUCCAACCUGACAUAUUCAGCUAUUUGCUGCACAUUAUGUAUACGGGGAAAGGGCCAAAACAGAUUGUGGAUCAUAGUCGUCUGGAGGAAGGGAUUCGAUUUCUUCACGCCGACUACCUUUCUCACAUUGCGACUGAAAUGAAUCAGGUGUUCUCACCAGAGACUGUGCAGUCCUCCAAUCUGUAUGGCAUUCAGAUCUCAACAACCCAAAAAACAGCUGUCAAACCGGGGCUGGAGGUCAAAGAAGCUCCUUCCAGUAACAGUGGCAACAGGGCUGCUGCGCAGGGCGACCACCCCCAGCUGCAGCUCUCUCUCGCUAUUGGGCUGGAUGAUGGCACUGCCGAUCAGCAGAGGGCCCGUCCUGCUGCCCAGGCCUUGGAGGAACACCAGAAGCCCCCAGUGUCCAUCAAGCAGGAGAGAUGUGACCCAGAGUCUGUGAUCUCCCAGAGCCAUCCCUCACCCUCGGCGGAGGUGACAGGCCCCACUUUCACCGAAAGCGGUAUCAAAAUACACUUAUGCCAUUACUGUGGGGAACGUUUUGAUUCCCGUAGUAACCUAAGACAACAUCUCCAUACCCACGUGUCCGGAUCCCUCCCGUUUGGUGUCCCUGCUUCCAUUCUGGAAAGCAACGACCUUGGUGAAGUGCAUCCACUUAAUGAAAACAGUGAGGCUCUUGAAUGCCGCAGGGUCAGCUCCUUCAUUGUCAAGGAGAAUGAGCAGCAGCCUGACCACUCAAACCAGGGUACCACCGAGCCUCUGCAGAUCAGCCAAGUGUCUCUGAUCUCCAAAGACUCAGAGCCAGUAGAAUUAAACUGUAAUUUUUCUUUUUCAAGGAAAAGAAAAAUCAGCUGUUCCAUCUGUGGUCAUAAAUUUCUCCGAAAAAGCCAACUGCUGGAACACAUGUAUAUACACAAAGGUAAAUCUUCCAGAUACAACCGAUGCCAAAGGUUCAGUAAUGCGGUAGCCCAGAGAUUUCAGCCGUACUGUGACAGCUGGUCUGAUGUCCCCCUGAGAAGUUCUUGCUUGUCGCAAGAACAGUUAGAUUCAUCCUGUGCCUUAGAGUCAGAGCUCACACAAGAAGGUGUGGACACUAUCCUUGUGGAGUAGCAGUUUCUCCUCCAUAAUUUUUAUAUCAAUUCUGAAAAAAAAUCCACAUGCAUUUUUUUAUUCAUAAACUCUCUUCCUCCUCAACGUCUGUUCACUUUUUUCUUUGCCAUUUAUCCAUAGUUUUAAGGUGGUAUACGUUAGGUCUUAUUGUAAGGUAUGUUAUACACAUGGCUAUUAAAAUGUAACCUUCAAGUAGAGCGUGAACAGUUCAUAAAUCGCAAUUACGAAAUCAGAAAUCAGUGUAAGAAUUAUGGAACUUUAGAGUAAAUAUUUAUAGAGUUUCUAAGUAGAAUCAGUAAAACCAAAUUGAAAAUGAGGUAAAUGAAAUUUUUUAAAGAAUACUCUAGACUAUCAGUUUUGGCUAAUUUUUCACAUGAAUAAGCCACUGUAAAGACAAUUUAAAAAUAUUUUCUGGGGCGCUGGGGGGGCUCAGUUGGUUGAGUAUCCAACU